AUGAAACAAUUAUCAUUAAAACAUUUUAUUAUUCGUUCACAAGCUAUUGCAUUAUAUAGAGAUAUAAUGAGAACAUUAUUGAAAAUUCAAGAUCAAGAUUAUCGAAAAGAAAUGCGAGACUGGGCAAGAAUUGAAUUUAAUCGUCAUCGAACAUUGAAAGAUUUAGGAGAAAUUAGAACACAGAUAGCAUUAGGAAGACGAAAUUUAAAUGAAUUAAAAUUAUCUAUGCAAAUGGCUUCUUAA